ACACACACACACACACACACACACACACACACACACACACACACACACACACACACACACACACACACACACACACACACACACACACACACACACACACACACACACACACACACACACACACACUCUUAUCGUAAGAGCUAGGUUUAACACGCUGCAUGAAUUCUAUCUGACGAGUGGCGCUAUCAGCAGCUCCAGCAGGAAAUAAACACAACAACACCCUUAACGGUUCGCUACAGCGGACUGCUAACCAGCGAUGACCCACUCCAGCCCUUUCAACAGUGACACCUCCUUCCUUGCAAGAUGAAUUUUUAAGUUUUGCCACAGUAAAAAACAAAACCCUUCCAGAUGACUUGAAACUAUUUUGCCAAGUCGAUGAAGCUGAGGAAAGUCUCGUGAGCCAUGAUGAACCGCUACACCACGCUGAAGCAGCUGGGUGAUGGCACCUACGGCAGUGUGUUGAUGGGGAGAAGCAACGAGUCUGGAGAACUGGUGGCUAUUAAACGAAUGAAAAGGAAAUUCUAUUCGUGGGAAGAAUGCAUGAACCUAAGAGAGGUGAAGUCGCUGAAGAAGCUGAACCAUGCAAAUGUUGUCAAACUGAAGGAAGUUAUCAGAGAAAACGAUCACCUAUACUUUGUUUUUGAAUACAUGAAGGAGAAUCUCUAUCAGCUCAUGAAGGACAGAGAGAAUAAGAUGUUCUCAGAGAACGAAAUUAGGAACAUCAUGUUUCAAGUGAUUUCUGCUUUGGCUUUUGUACACAAGCAUGGUUUCUUCCACCGAGACAUGAAGCCAGAAAAUCUCCUGUGCAUGGGCCCAGAACUGGUCAAAAUAGCAGAUUUUGGACUGGCCCGGGAGAUCCGCUCCAAACCUCCUUACACUGACUAUGUUUCGACAAGAUGGUACCGUGCACCUGAAGUUCUGCUUAGGUCGUCCACUUACAGUUCUCCUAUAGACCUGUGGGCUGUGGGAUGCAUCAUGGCCGAACUCUACACGCUCAGACCUCUUUUCCCCGGAAACAGUGAAGUGGAUGAGAUCUUUAAGAUCUGCCAAGUCCUAGGCACUGUCAAGAAGCUGGACUGGUCAGAGGGCCACCACCUGGCUUCGGCCAUGAACUUUCGCUUCCCUCAGUGUGUGCCGACGCCCCUUAAAACACUCAUUCCCAAUGCCAGCAGUGAGGCGAUUACUCUAAUGAAGGACCUUCUGCAGUGGGACCCCAAAAAAAGACCUACCGCCGUACAGGCGCUGCGCUACCCAUACUUCCAGGUUGGGCAGAUCUUAGGGCCUCGUCCUCACAGCCAAGACGCCAAGAAGAUCCAGCCCAGACAGAUAAUCCAAAAGCAAGUCUCAGAACCUAAGGUGGAUCACGCUCCUGAUAACAAAGCCUCCAAAUCCUCCCCAAGAAGCCUCGAGCAGCCUCAACCUCUUAAGCAGAUCACAGUGCCCCAAGCUGAGAGUAAACAAGGAGGCCUCAGCUGUGUUAAGGUCACAUCAGUGUUAAAUGAGAGUGUUGGUGGAACUGGGAUGAUGAAGGGCGGCAGACGGCGCUGGGGCCAGACGGAGGCGAAGACCUUGGAUAGCUGGGAUGAUUCCGAUGCAUCGGACACUGCUGCCUCACACUCAAAGAAACCCAGCUUGGGGAAAUCCGAGGAGGACAGGAACUUGAAGAAACUUCGGCCACAGGCCAUAGAGCAGAAACCUCUUUAUUCCUUCAGCACCAUUACCAAACUACCAAAAAAUGUCAAGGUGGGCCCAGUAGACCCAAACCUACCAGGAUCAGCAGCACGGCAGCAUUAUCUCCGCCAGUCAAGAUAUCUGCCUGGUUUGAUCGGCAAGACUUUGUGUGAAAAGGAGCUGAGUGGCAUGACGUUACGUGACUUGUGGGAGAACUCCAACGCUGUAAAUAAACCCCUUGGUCCCAUUGGACCAGGAUUGUCUGCCACAAGAGCCAACCCAGCCUCUAAAUCUGUGGAAAGUCCCCCAGAGAACCCCGUUUUUAAGGAAAGAAUACUGGAGAAAAUCGAUGCCUCCAAAGGAAAUGUUGUGAGCACCAAGUAUAACCUAUCUGCUGGCUACAUCCCUUCGUUUCAAAAGAAAGAGGUUGGCUCCGUGGCACAGAGGAUCCAGUUGGCGCCAAUAGCUGGCCAUCACACAAUCAAUCCUUCCUCUUCUCCUGAAAUUAAAAAAGACAAACCAAAAAAGGCAAAGCCCAAGUCCAUCUCUUCUUUGAGUGAAACUAACGAAGAUUACGACGGAUGGAAACGGAGGACAGACAUCAGAAGUCAGGUGGUGAAGGGGAGUAGCUACUCAGCCUUGGGAAAGACUUCGGGGAAUCUCCUGGCCAGAGGUCCGGCCGUGCAGCCGGUCCACGGCAGGGUGGACUGGGCUUCCAAGUACGGUGGAAAUCGGUAGUCGGUGCUUGAUUAGAACAAGGUAGAAUUACACUUAAUAGACAUUUCUUAUAAGAUUCAAUACUAAAUGUGCCCCUCUUAUUCCAACAAGCUACAGCAGGGGUGUCCAAACCUUUUUCACUGAGGGCAGCAUACUGAAAAAUGAAUGCUGGGGGCCACGCUGAAACAUUUUGUGCAUUAAAACACCAAAACCAAUUCAAUGUGAAUCAAUAUAUGCUAAAUCAGGGGUGUCAAACUAUUUUUUUAUUGUGGGUCACAUCACAGAGCUGUUUGAAAAAGUGAAACCAUAUAAUCGCCUCAUGGUAUUAUAACACAACUGGCCCUUCAUUUGAUUAUCAUUAUUCACCAACAAACUGAUGGAAAACUUGCUUUUGAAUCAGAAGUCAAUAUGACAAGCUGAUUUUAAACUUUUACUUGCAAUAACUCCAGAGAAGGCGUCUCCACUGCUCUAGAGUCCAGUGGUGACAUGCUUUACACCACUGCAUCUGAUGCUUUGCAUUGGACUUGGUGAUGUAUGGCUCAGAUGCAGCUGCUCGGCCAUGGGAACCCAUUCCAUGAAGCUCUCUGCGUACUGUACGUGGGCUAAUUGGAAGGUCAUAUGAAGCUUGGAGCUCUGUAGCAACUGACUGUGCAGAAAGUCGGCGACCUCUUUGCUGACCCCUCUCUGUCAGUUUACGUGGCCUACCACUUCGUGGCUGAGUUGCUGUUGUUCCCAAACGCUUCCAUUUUUUUUUAUAAUAAAGCCGCCAGUUGACUUUCGAAUAUUAAGCAGCGAGGAAAUUUCAUGACUGGAUUUGUAGCACAGGUGGCAUCCUAUGACAGUUCCACGCUGGAAAUCACUGAGCUCCUGAGAGUGGCCCAUCCUUUCACAAAUGUUUGUAGAAACAGGACUCCAUGCCUAAGUGCUUGAUUUUAUACACCUGUGGCCGGGCCAAGUGAUUAGGACACCUGAUUCUAAUCAUUUGGAUGGGUGGCCAAAUACUUUUGGCAAUAUAGUGUAUAAAUAUUUCAUUUUAUAUUUAACUCUUAAGAUGAGCACAAUAUAGCAUUUAAAAAAAAACGUAAAUGAGAUUAAUAAAAAAAAAAAAGAUGUUAUGUAAAAAAAAUACAAAAUGUAUAAUGUAUUAUUAUAUCUGUUGGAAUUUUUAUUUUAUUUGUAAAGAAAAAUAAAAGACCAAUACUACUUUUUUUCAUAUAAUUCAUGUAUAAAAUUAAAUGUUAUUCACCAGUUGACUGGGCCAUAUAAUAAAUGAUACGUCAGGCUUCUUUGAAUGAUGCGGUGGGUCAAAUGUGGCCCUCAAGCUAUGAGUUGGACACCUGUACAGUAAGAUUAUCCCAUAAAAUGUGAACACUGAAUACAAAAAUAGCAUUUCAUAUUUAACUCUUAAGUUGAGGAAACAUUAAAACAUGAUACAUGAGAUUGAUUAAAGCAAAAAAGCAAUACUAUAUAUAUAUAUCUAAAAAAAUACAAAUCUAUAAUCUAUUUUUGAAUCUGUUAGUCCCUUAGUUGUAAUUUGUAAAGGAAUGGACAAUACCAAUAUUACUUCUUAAAUGUAUGUUAUGUAUAAAAUGAAAGGUUAUUCACCAGUUGACAGGUCAUACAAUUAAAGAUGUGGAAGGUCACCUCAAAUAAUUUGCAGGCUAUGUCAAAUGAUGUGGCCCCCAGACCUUGAGUUCUGGCACCACUGUGCUAUGUGCACACUUUUGUGUUGUAUAUGAGAAAGCAAAUAGUGUUUAGUGUGGUGGCUAACAUUAAUAAUAAACUUAUUUACUCUUCAGAACAUAUCUUAGGCCAAUAAAACUAGGUGUAUGGCCCCAUUUUUGGACACUCCUGAACUACAGGUUGAAACUAAAAAAUAAAUAAAUGGACCAAUGAAAUACAAGCUGGAGACUAAGAAUGGCCCCUAGGCUGGAAUUUGAACACCUUUGAGCUGAAGUGACAAAUUCAGAGCUUUUUUUAAGAGGCAAGUUAAUGGUCGUCUUAAGUAAGAGCCAAUGUUACUUGUAUGAGAAUUUAGAUUGUCAGCCAUUUUGACUGUAGCUUUAUUUAAAUUGUUGCAACAAACAUAGUUCUUGUUCCAUUUGUACACUGUAUUGUAUGUUUUUGUACAUGUUUUAUACAAAGGGAAAUUAAAGUUUAUAAUUUAAAAAAAAAGGAAAUCACUCUUAAGAUUAUAUAUAAACGUUGGUGCUUUAUUUAUUUCUCUUCAUAGAAAAUUAGCCUAACAUACAACAGAAAUUUCACAUUGACGUUAAUUAAAUGGUGGAUUCAGUGCAUUCUCCGCAUCAUCCGGACUGCUGAGGUUUGUUGAGCAGUGCCAUGCUCAGCUUCGCCACCAUCAGAAGACUUGGAAAGAGAAAAUAGGGAUGUUGCUUUUUACAGAAACGCGUCAGAAAGUCAUCUAAAAGACGGGCUACCUUGCACCCGCCAUGAGUCCAGCAGGCAUGAACUUCCUGGAUCCGUAGAACCUUUUUCCCAUGAUGCCUGUCAGCGCACCUGAAGUAGCUGGAAGACCGGAUGUAAGGUUCCUUAUUAGAGAGUCCCUCCAGGAUUUUGCGCUAAUUCACACAAAUGCAACCAAUCCUUCGCAACUUUGUAAAAUGCCCAACACGUCCCCGCACAUUUUGGCAAAUCACAUUUUUCUCUGGGCGGUGCUGAAACACACACGUCAAAUGUCUAAUCAAAACUUAUGUUUGUUUUUUGUCUGGAGUCGGACGAAGCAGGGACAACAACGUGUCACAAUAUAUCAACUCUUUAUUGUCAAACUGCACAAUUGUCAUCCUUCUGCAUAGCUCAGACCUACUUCCAGUUCCUGUUGACAGUGCGACGCCUUCUUGGUAAUGUUGGCAAGACACUGUCUUCCUUGCUUCCUAGUUUACAUGCAUUUAUAGA